UCCAAACUUUUAUCAAAAGACACAUAAGAAAUUUUUAUUAUUGUUUCAUUUUUUUUUUUUUUUAAAAACUUAAAAUAAUUUAAUAAUAAUUUUUUUAACUAAUGAUUUUUAAUAUAACAAAGAUUUUUAAAUGUCAUUUAAUUUAUGAAUAUUAUGAAUUUGAUGCGAUAUUGUUUACGAUGCAUAAAAUAAUCGAUAUAUUUUUUUUCCUGGAUAGGAUGUUGUUUAAAAUAAUUUUUAAAACAAUUCUAUUGUUUUAAAUUAUUGAAGCGUUUAUAAAUUGACUUGUCGUGGUAAUUUUAUCAUCAGUAUGUCAACGAUGAAUAAUACUUGUACAUCUGUAAAAUUGUGUAAAUGGAUUUUGCUAUUAUUUAGUUGUGUUACGGCAGUACCACUAAAUUUAAAUGAAGAAUUUGAGACAUCUUUUAAUGAUUUAAACUCAAAUCAAAGUAAUGACCACCUUGGAUCAGCAAUAAAUAUUCACAUCAGUGAAUUUGAUGGUGAACGUAAAGUUAUUAUCGAUUCUGACGAUCAUGUCAAUCAUUUACUCAAUACCACCAUGAAUAAAAAUAAUAUACCAAUAUCAAUUGUCACAUUUAAUAAAUAUCAAAAUAUAAUGAACAAGAGUUUGUUUAAUUUACAAUUUAAAAUUGAUAAAAUAACGUCAAAAAUUGAUACACUUGAGUUGAUAUUAAAUAAAAAAUUAUUAAUAAAUAAACAUGAUUUUAAUGAUAAAAAUAUAUCAAUUAAUCAAGUGGAAAAUAUUGUUAAAAAAUUUACAAAUGAUUCAUCAUCACGUUCAAAAAGAAAAAGUGAAAAUAAUAAUAUUAAAAAAUAUAAAAAACCUCAUAUUUUAUCAUUGUAUGCAAAUUUUUUGCCUGAAUCAUUUGGCAAUGACAGAGGUAAUUUACUUCGUCGAUCAAAACGUACUAAAAGAGAUAUAAAUGAAAAAAUAAAUGAAUGGCUAAUUGCCUCACCACAAUUACAACAACAAUUUUUACGUAAAUGGCUUGAUUCAAAAUAUUAUCAACAAAAUAAUAAUAACAACGAAAAAAAUGUAAAUUAUUUUUAUCAUUUACCAUCAAAAACAUCAUCAUUGACAUCUGCAUCACAGUAUAAAAAAAAUUUUAAUAUUGAAAAUGAUAAUAUGUAUGAAUCAACAAGUGAAUCAUCAUCUUCAUCAUCAACAUUUGACAUGGAUUUUGAUCAUUUUUAUGAUAGUAUUGCUGAUGAUACCGAUGAGUCAUCUGAAUUAUUAACACCUGUAGACAAUCAAAUGCCUACCACUACUGAAUCAAUAUGGGAUAUUCUUUGGACAUGAAAAAUAUAAAAUAAUUAUCAUCAUAAAUCAAAUGCAUGCAUACAAUAACCAGUUUAAUAAAUAAAUAAAAUAAAAUAUAUUUUCAAGUUACAUAUAUCUUUGUAUGAUUUUUUUAUUUCUUCAUCUUCAAAUACUAGAUGACAUGACAAAAUAAAAAAAUCAUUCAAGUAGCUGUUUUUUUAUUUUAUUUUUUUUUCAUCUUACCAAGAAUUUCCAUGAAGUUGAUAUACAGCCGUUUGAAUGAAAAGUCGCGUGUUUUUUCUAAAUAAAAAAAAAAAAGAAACAAAAUAUAAAAUAUAAAUAGUGUAGAAAGGGAAAAAUAAAAAAAGAAUCAUGAAAAAGUUGUACGCGAGUCAGUGUAACAGGUGGUUAACUGAUAUAAAAGCCGCGUGAGGGGCAGAGAAUGAAGAAAAAUAGAGAAGAGUAUAGGAGGAUGAGGAAAAUGAGACAGAGAAAAUAUGUAGUUGAAGAAGGGGAAGAGUGAGAUGAGUGAGAUGGAAAUUGUAUAUAAAAAGUGAGGGUGAUGAAAGGGCAGCACAGACUUUGCUUCAUCGUGUACUACACUGUAAAAAAUAAAAAAUAAAAAGGAAAAGGGUGUAUAUCUGCAGUGUGUAUACCCUUUUGCGUCUACAAUAUACACUUGUGUCUGACUGAGCACGAAUAUUACCACUUGAUUUUUUUAUUAUUAUUUUUUUUUAAUAUUAUUUUUCAUCUUGUGUAUUAUUCAC